AUGUCUUCCGACACUCCAACACGAAGGACGUUCACCUACAAGACUGUCGACAAGCUGGAAAUUCCGCUCGAUCUGUACCUUCCCAAAGACGCCAAAGAUGUGCCCAUCCUUGUCUGGUUCCAUGGUGGCGGUCUUCUACAAGGCAAGCGAAACAGCGUCACGCCACACAUGUUGCGCGCCGUGACCAAGUACAACAUUGCCCUCGUCUCAGCCGACUAUCGCCUCGCUCCUCAGGUUGGCGUUGCAGAGAUCUACGAGGAUGUCAAGGACUGCAUCGCUUUCAUUCGCAAGGAUCUUCCAAAGCGGGCAGGUGAAGGCGUUGUCAAUGUUGAGAGACUCGCUGUCAGCGGCAGCUCCGCUGGCGGCUAUCUGGCUCUCCUUGCCGGACUCUACGUCGAGCCAAAGCCAAUGGCCAUCCUGCCUAUCUACCCGAUCACGGAUCCAUUCGGACUAUUCUUCACGACUUCUCAGCCACCCGCUCUGGGCGGAGGCGAACCAGAUAUGGAGGGCGUCAAGCCGUACGCAGACAUCACGGCUGAGGUGGUAGCCAAUAAUGAGCCUGACAGCAAGCGUUCGCAAAUGUAUGGAUACAUGCUCAAGUCGGCGAAUCUGGCCCAGCUCCUGCAUAUGAAGUCUGGCGAAAACACUUGGAGAGUACCGCGCAUGAUUUACGACCGCGGUCUCCCGCCUGCCUACAUCGUGCAUGGAGAUGUCGAUAGUGCUGUGGGAAUCGAGCAGGCGGAUGAAGUCGUUGGGAUCAUGGUUGGGUUGGGCAUGCAAGUGCAGUACGAGCGGUUACAUGAUGUCGAGCAUAUCUUUGACAAGGAGGAAAACGUGCAAAUGGAGAAGAUGUAUGAGUUCAUGAUGAAGCACCUCUAA